UAUCUAUAUAUAUACUACUACUACUACUACUACUACUACUACUAUUAUUAUUAUCAUUAUUAUUAUUAUUAUUAUUAUUGGAUAAUGUUCAGUGCCUCAUCUCUUCUACUAAGUUGUGGCUACGAGUGUAUGUAUGUAUGUAUGCGCAUUACCUGUUCACAUUUAAUCAGUGUACUUCCAAACUCACCGCUGAUUGGCUGGCAGAUUCCACAGUUAGCCAAUCAAAAUCUUCCAGUGUUUUUAUGCUUGAGCUCCUAUAAAUCGGGCCAUUGCCAGAUUGAAUUUCUCGAGUGACGAGAGAGCACGAGAGAGAGAGAGAGCAUCGACCUGUUUCUCAAAGAUCUGAGCUGGUGUGUACAUCAGUCCUCUCGUAGACCUCUCUCUUGUUCACUAUGGCGCCUACACUGUCCACGGCGUUUGCUCGCCGCUGGUGGAUGGCGGUGACGGCCAUCAUUGAGAACCUGCUGUUCUCUGCCGUACUGCUAGGCUGGGGCUCCCUUCUCAUCAUGCUCAAAUCCGAAGGCUUCUACUCCUAUCUCUGCACAGAUCAUACUAAUAGUACGACUUUCAACAUCUCUACAAAAGCAGUGAAUCCACCAGCAGCAGUUGAGGAAGACUACAUUUAUGAGGACUUUCCACAUGGCAAUGAGGUAGAGAUAGUUCCUCUGAAGCCAGUGGAUGAGCCUCUGCAUUUGAAUGGCUGGCUGAUCUGUAAAGAGCAGGAUGAAAUGCUAAAUCUUGCUUUCACCGUCGGCUCAUUCCUCCUCAGUGCCAUCGCUCUUCCUCUUGGCAUUGUCAUGGACAAAUACGGGCCACGCAAACUCCGUCUGACUGGCAGUGCCUGCUUUGGCUUGUCCUGCCUGCUUAUUGCCUACGGAGCCAGCAACCCCAAAGAACUUUCUGUACUCAUUUUUAUUGCAUUGAUUUUUAAUGGCUUUGGAGGAAUGUGCAUGACCUUCACUUCCCUCACACUACCCAACAUGUUUGGAGACCUGCGUUCUACCUUUAUUUCACUCAUGAUCGGCUCGUAUGCGUCUUCAGCUGUCACUUUUCCUGGAGUUAAGGUGAUCUAUGACUUGGGAGUGAACUUCAUCACUAUCCUGGUAGUGUGGGCGGUGUGUGCUGGCCUCGUCUUCCUCAACUGUUUCCUAAACUGGCCUCUUGAAUCGUUCCCUGGCCCUGAAGACAUGGACUACACUGUGAAGAUCAAGUUUAGCUGGUUGGGUUUUGACCACAAGAUCACUGGAAAGGAGUUUUAUAAGCAGGUGACAACAGUGGGCAAACGAUUAAGUACAAAUAACUCUCCCACACAGAAGGAGCUGGCCAACACUGAAGGUCACAAACUCUGCCUCUCCACCAUGGACCUGGAGGUGCAGUGUGAGCCUAAAGAUGAAUCUCAGUCUUUCAUGCAGAGCAUCUUCAGCCCUCUGUUCCUGCUCAGCCUGGUUACAAUGUGUGUCACUCAGCUGCGUCUGAUCUUCUACAUGGGAGCCAUGAACAGCAUCUUGGAGUCCAUGAGCCAUGGAGACCUUGAUACAGUUGAGAGAAUGGAGUUGGUGAGUCUGUACUCCUCUAUUUUUGGUGUGAUGCAACUGCUGUGCCUCUUGACCACUCCAGUCAUUGGUCAGAUCAUGGACUGGAAGCUGAAGGACUGUGAUGAUGAAACUGACAUGAAAGAUGCCAGCAAAGAUGAGCCAAAGCCCAAGCGAAGGGACAGAAAAAUCCAAAAGAUAACCAAUGCCACAAGAGCCUUUGCCUUAACUAACUUCAUCCUUCUCGGUUUUGGCAUCACUUGUCUUAUCCCUAUUCUUCAACUGCAGAUGCUGUCUUUUGUUCUGCAUACCAUUGUCAGAGGUUUUAUUCACUCCGCUGUUGGAGGACUUUAUGCUGCUGUCUACCCAUCUUCUCAGUUUGGAACCCUGACAGGGAUGCAGUCUCUGAUUAGUGCCCUUUUUGCCCUGCUCCAGCAACCUCUUUUUAUGGCUAUGAUGGGGCCACUGGAGGGAAAUCCACUCUGGGUGGAUGUGGGUCUCCUUGUCCUCAGUAUGUUUGGUUUCCUGUUGCCCCUUUACCUGCUGUGUUUCCGCAAAAACCUUCACCAAAAGAGGAAAGAGAAAGAAAACGAAGCCAAGAUCUACAUCAAAAUCAAUGGCAGUGACAAGACGGAAGCCUUUGUCUAGACCCAGGCCACACCCAAAAACUGAAGCAAGGAUAUACAGAGACAGAGAGAAUGUGUGUCAUUUUUAUUAUGACACACGCAUUCACAUACACUUCUUGCUUAGAGGUUCAGUGAACUAAUAAUGCUGUCUUGGAAACUGCUAUAUCAUCAAUGUGAACUCAUGCUUACAACAACAACAAAAAAGAAAGAUGUAAAAAACAAGUGGAAUUAGUGAGGAGUUGUGUGUUAAACUGUAUAUUAACUCUUCUCACUGUGAUGUGUGGAGAGAAAAAAAACAUUUGCACAUUCACGUUCUGCUGGCUAACUCUUGCUGGCUUACCGAUGUGCUGUGCAAAAAAAACACCAAUAAGAAUGGUAAUGAGAAUUUUGGUAAUAAGAAUUUUAUAUUUGUAUGAGUUUAUAAAGAUACAUUAAACAAGCUGGUCCAUAUGAGUUGGUUGAAUGAAUUGUGAAUAUUAGUGACUACAUUUCUGUGCCACUUCCUCAAUUAGAAAUUCAAGAACAGCAACAAUCAAUCAGGAAGUGCACAUUAAACCCAGUAAGAGCCCUCCUGCUACAGUAUUUGGAUGGACUUAAAAAUCCUGACCUGUGUCACUCCCUAGAGGCAAAAGUGGGAAAGGCUAAACUAUAAAUUCAGCUAGUGUUCUGUAUUCUUCUGCUGCACAGCACUUCAUGGAGGCAGUAUUUAACCAAAAUCAAACACAUUUCUGCUUGGUUAUAGAGAUUAUGACAGGUACAGUAACUUAAGAGGUGCUAUGGAACAUCUACCUGUCAGGGAUCUUAUUUAUUUACAAUGAAGCAUGUCAUCAAAUCCAUAAUAUAUCGGAUUACAUCUAUCAUUAUUAUUA